UUUUUUGUCAGCUUGUAAUGGAGUUUUGCGGUGCAGGGUCCAUAACAGACCUGGUUAAAGCUUCAAGAGGAAAAGCUUUAAAGGAAGAGUGGAUCUCAUAUAUUUGUCAUGAAGUGCUUAAUGGAGUUAGUCACCUUCAUCAAAACCAUGUCAUUCACAGAGAUAUAAAAGGACAGAAUGUGCUACUAACAGACAGUGCUGAGGUGAAAUUAGUUGAUUUUGGAGUUAGUGCUCAGUUGGACAGAACCAUUGGAAGACGAAAUACCUUCAUUGGUACUCCUUACUGGAUGGCACCAGAAGUAAUUGCUUGUGACGAGCAGCCAGAUGCCACUUACGACAACACGUGUGAUAUGUGGUCCAUAGGAAUCACUGCAAUUGAAAUGGCUGAGACUCAGCCACCUUUAUGUGACAUGCAUCCAAUGAGAGCUUUGUUUCUGAUCCCACGGAGCGAUCCUCCACGCCUUAAAUCAAAGAAGGCAUGGUCAAAGAAGUUCCAUAAUUUUGUCAACACAUGCCUGAUCAAAGAUUACCAGCAUAGACCGACAGCAGACCAGCUCUUGCAGCAUGAAUUCAUCCGUGAUGCAAGAUCUCACGAAAGGAAGAUAAGAAUUGAAUUGAAGGAUUUCAUUGACAGGAUGAAAAAGAAGAGAGCUCCGCCUGAUCAUGAAGAAGAGUAUCAGUAUUCAGGAAGUGAAGAGGAAGAUGAACAGCUGUUAGCGGGAAUGAUUGCCGAGGAAAUGGGAAUUGUAAAUGUUCAGUCAACCUUGAGAAGAAAUUUAACCCUCAUGCAAGGAGGAACUUUUGGAAGAGGUCAUAAUUAUCCACCUAGAAGGACAAGUAGUGGCAGCAGUCCAGAAAUGAACCCCAACCAUGUCCCUCCGCAGCACAUGGGUGCAACUGGUGGCUAUGAUAAUGAUGUGUUCCUGGACUCAAGCGUUGACAGCUUUAUGACAUUUCAAACAGAUGACACCCUGACAGCAUCCAGCCAUUCACGACAUCGUGUUUCAAUGGAUGGACAGCAAGAUGGUGAAUCCACAUUGCGACCUCAAAGGGAAGCUCACCAAGAGGAUGUGGAUGGCUAUGACACAAUGGUAGUAAAGGACGACGAUGAUGACUCGUCUAGUGCCUCAACUGCCAGUAUUGGUGAGACAAGUAACCCCACUCGACCCCUGACGAACAAUCUGCCGGAUGUGCUGCCAACGCAACAGCAAGUAAAGAAGUCUCCUGAUGAUCGCCGUAAGUCAUCAGAUGAAUCCAUCGCUUCCUCCAUUGUACCUCAGGAUCCCAGGAGAGACAGGAAAUUCUCUAAACAACGAAGUUUUGGCUUCGGUCGUCAAUCCCAAGCUCCUUCAGAGGUUUCGGUGAACUUGACUCCUGACAGAACUUCAAUUGCUAACGUGGAUGAUUUGGGAAUGCCGCAGAUAAGAAAGUACAAAUACAAAUUCCGAACAGAAAUCUUAUGUGGAGCACUUUGGGGAGUCAAUCUUCUUGUUGGAACAGAAAGUGGAUUAUAUUUACUGGAUCGGAGUGGUUAUGGCAAAGUUUUUCAACUGAUAUCCAGACGCAGAUUCCAACAGAUAGAUGUACUGGAAGGAAUAAACGUUCUUAUUUCCAUUAGUGGAAAACAAAACAAACUUCGUGUGUAUUACCUGUCAUGGUUGAAAGCCAAGAUUCUAAAAGGAGAAGAGGCGGAGAAUCUCCGAAGGCAGAAAGGUUACACAACAGUCGGUGAUCUGGAAGGAUGUGUUCACUACAAAGUUGUGAAUUUCCAUCGAAUUAAAUUUCUUGCCAUCGCCACUGAAAAUAAGAUUGAAGUUUACGCGUGGGCUCCGAAGCCAUAUCACAAGUUUAUGGCUUUUAAGUCCUUUCCGUACUUGCCCCAGAAACCUCUGAUGUUGAAUGUGACGAUAGAGGCGGAAAACAGCAGACUAAAAGUCUGUUACUCCUCUGAAAUAGGAUUUCAUGCUGUCGACUUGGACUCAGCAUCAGUUAACGAUUUAUUUAUUCCCAAUCAGCUUCAAGAAAAUUUCCAGCCGCAUGCUAUCAUACCUUUACCAAGUUCGAGUGGUUUAGAACUUCUUCUCUGUUUUAACAAUGAGGGUGUUUAUGUGAAUACGAAUGGAGAACUGGUGAGACAUGCUGUGUUGCAGUGGGGGGAGACCCCUUACGCUAUCGCUCAUAUAGGCUCCGGACAAAUCAUGGGAUGGGGAGAAAAGGCCAUUGAGGUGCGAUCUGUGGAGACGGGCCUUCUGGAUGGUGUGUUCAUGCACAAAAGAGCCCAGACGUUUAGAUUCCUCUGUGAGAGAAACGAAAAGGUUUUCUUCGCUUCUCGGUCGAGUUCGAGUGGCCAGAUUUACUUCAUGACGCUGAGCAAGACAUUUAAAAACUUUGGUUACUGAUGUCUACACAAACUGCUCUUUGGGAAGGAAAUGAAGUGGUGGCUCAUGAAAGAAAGCACGCACAAAGCAACAGUGGUGACUUGGGACCGCACAGAGUUCAGAAGGAGUUGGGUUUUUUUUUAACUGAGAAGCAGAAAACCUUCGUUCAUAAUCCAUCUGAAAAAAUCUGCAGAAUUUUACGUGUUCCUCGGACUAGGUUUUCUAGGUUUGGGGUUUAAAGUUUAGAAAACCUUGGUCUAAUUUUUGCCCUUAUCACAAUGAACUGAGAGGUGUGUUUUAGCUGCGAAAAGAUUCAACUCUUCAUUUUUUAUGCAAAGAUUAACAUUAGAAUUUAUUGGUUGCGUUUUAGUAACACGUCACAAAGGGUAAGAUUUAAUGAUUUGUUAACAAAAGUAAACGCUAAAACGAGACAAAACAAAGCAAAACGAGGAAAGUUAAUGGGGAGAGGUUUAAUCGCGACUUUGAAAGCACAGAAUAACUUCUCCUGAGAAGCUCUGUAUAAAGUCUUUUCUUAUCCAUGUAAAUACAGAUUGAGUUUGUUUAAGUGCGUUUUUUUGUUUUUUUUUACACAUUGAAUUCAGUUAUUUUAAAUCAUGCUUUCAAAUGUGUAUUUUAAUGAGAACGUUUUGGUUUUGGAUGAUGUUUUAGCGCUCGGCCUGAAUUCGAGAGUAAGCCAUUUAUUUUAAACAGGGUUAGAGAUUUUUUUAAAAUCUUUUUUGAAUACUUCUUAGUUUUAGGGGGGCCAAUGAACUCUGACGCGCAAGACUCGUUUAAUUAGAGAAGAGAGCCCGUGUUAGUUGUAUAAUCGGGUAGUUCGUGCGACGUUUCGUAGAAAUUUCGGUAACUUCGGUCUCCGAACAUUGAGCACGAAUAGUGUGCUUUAUUUAUUAACUCUAGAGGCGGGACCUUGUUCGUUAACACAAUUUUGUACAGAACACUUUUAACUCGACCAAAUUAUUGCAAAACGAAUUGAACGAAAAGCUAAAAAUGUUACUGUGUGAUACGCGACGAUUUGUCGUGUUUUUUCAUGAUUUAAAAACUUAAAGUUUUUAUUGUUUUUAUUGUACUACGGUAAUUUAUACUGUUCUAUUAUUAUAUGGCUGUCUCACAAGGACUGGGAACUACCGAAUUCACGAAUUUGAUUGGAUGAAAUCAAUAUUGAA